AUGAGCGCCCAGUUUGCCGUUGGAGAGAACUUCGUAAUGCUAUACGACGGUGCUCCAUAUUUGGCAAUCGUCUCCAGAAUCGUGAAAUUUAAUGGAGUGGACCACUACAAAGUCCAUUAUGUGGGAUGGAACAAAAAGUUUGAUGAUAUCGUCGCAGUUGGUCAAGAAGAAGGAAGAAUGUUUAAAGGAACCCUUGACAAUUAUCUGAAAGGAGAGAUUGUGCAAGAAAAACCAGAACCUGCCACACCAAAAACCGAGGAGAAUAAAACUAUCAAACGGAGGUCGCCGGUGACAAAUAUCCCUAGCCCAGUCAAAAAAUCGGAUCCAAACGUCAAAGCGAAGGUCAUUACCCCACAAGUGAAGGAAGUUGCGUCAUUCCCACUCCCAACCGACGUAACUCCUUCACCAGCUCCCUACCAAGGCAUCAUGUUCCCACCACAACUUGGAAAAAUCGUCACCAACGAUGUGAAAUGGCUCCGGGCAGGUUACUAUUGUCCAGCUCCCGCCAAAGUACCGAUGACUCGUGUUUUGAAACAGUAUUUCGAAUACCUCCGACUGAAGGUCAAGAAGGAGACUGAAGAGACGAAUCCCUCUUCUACUGCUGCUGACGUGGAAUUGGUGGAAUCGCGUCAUUCGCUUACAAAGUACCGAAUGGAAAGACUAAUGCAAUACUUUGGUCAUGCCAUCCCAUUUCAUUUGCUGUAUGGAAAAGAAGAAAUUGAAGACUACAAAAUCCACCACAAAUUCGCAAUGGAUAUGGAUUUGCCUCACGUUGAUUACGCCCAAUUGGAUCGGGUGGGAUUCAAGUAUUCCGACCACUACGGGGUGAUUCACUUUCUCCGAUUGCUUACGGUUUUCUCGGACAUUCAAAAUGUCUUACCGUAUAGGUACAACACAAAAGAACUCGAGAAUACAGCAAGCGAUUUUCUUAUAUUUUUGGAAUUGAACUUGAACAAGUUUUAUGUCGGAGGUGGAGACUAUUUGGAUACUGAGCCACCAUUCCGGAAUAACAAACCUGGGUACUUCGAAAAGUGUCGGCAAUACAAACUGCCGGACAUCGAAGAGUUCCAGAAAACUAGGAUUAUGGAGAACCUAGGAGGUGUCGACCACCAUGCGCUUUAA